AUGAAAGACCUGUUCACUAUUGUUGAUUUAGUCAUGUUAUUAUUUGUAUUCUUACUUAUAUACUUCAAUGAACCAGUUUUAGCUAUUCAUUCGUUUUUGCAAAAAGCUGACUGGCAGGGAAUAUUGGGAAGUGAGGCACAUGAUGGUGAGCAGGCUCUGGCUUCAUUAACUGAUAGUGAAGAUGAAAAGAGAAAUGCUGGUGAAAUCCAAUGUAGGACCCCAUCUGGUCAGGUUCCAGGUAGUUCAGCCAUCCUCAUUCAUAUCAACCGAGCUGUGCUUAGCAGUGCUGACGUUACAUAUUAUUAUACUGAGGAUCCCACAAUCCAAAAGAUAGAACCUGAAUGGAGUAUCAGAAGUGGUGGGACAUUAUUGACUGUGACGGGCACUAACCUGGCUACUAUCAAAGCACCUAGAAUCCGAGCCAAAUAUGGCACUGCUGAGAAGGAGAAUAAUUGUACAGUCUACAAUGAUACCAUCAUGGUGUGUUAUGCUCCUUCCAUUGAUAACCCAGUCAAGAGCCCUUCAGAGCUUGGUGAUCGACCAGAUGAGAUUGGCUUUAUUAUGGACAAUGUUCAAGCCUUGUUGAUCAUCAACAAAACUAACUUUAUCUAUUAUCCAGAUCCUGUGUUUGAACCCUUGCCAUCUGGUAUGUUGGAGCUCAAGCCAAGUUCUCCUCUUAUCCUCAAGGUAAUAAUUUAUUCAACCACAUUUCUGCAGUUUUUAGAAGCAAAUGUUCUUCUUGAACAUUUUGGUCUUGGUCUUAUUAGAUAAGUACUAGUUACACAUU